AUGCCGGCGCUCUCGUCCAGCUUUUGGACACCAAGACUUGAGCCCGACGAGGCUGCCGAGGCCGGCAGAGACCCGAUGCUCAUCUUUGUCCUUGGCGGGCCAGGCUGCGGCAAGGGAACGGUCUGCAGCCGCUUGAUCUUGGAGAUGGGUCUGAUUCACUUGAGCAUGGCCGAGGUGCUCCUCCAGGCCGCCGACGCUCAUCCUGAGAGCACCACGGCCGACGAGAUCCGCCAGUGCAUGGCCCAGGGUGUGCUCGUCCGAGACGACAUUGUCAUCCGCCUGCUCCGCAACCGAAUCUACUCGAUGCCUGGAGAGACUUUCCUGAUCGACGGAUUCCCGCGCAACAUGAAGCAAGCCUUGAUGUUUGAAGACCAGAUCGCCGCCCCCGACCUCGUUCUCUGCCUGGACUGCCCAGAAGCCGUCCUGGCCGAGCGUCUCCAGGCGCAGAUGCAAAUGCAGACGCCAACGGAACCGGCUCACCCGAAUGCCCGGGCUGUCAUAAGCAAGCGGCUCAAGAGCUUCUACCAAGAUGGCGUGCCGGUCAUCGAACGUUAUCAGAGUCUGGGACUAGUUGUACGGGUCGAUGGCCAGCAGAGCCGAGCCGAGGUCUUUGCCAAGGCCAAGGCUGCCGUUGAGGGACUUGUGCAGACCGCUUUCGACACAGAGGCAUAG